AGGAACGUCCAGAGGAACGUCCACAGGAACGUCCAGAAGAGCUUGAUCUCAAACACGUCUUACCAAGGUCCAGACAAUGAUCCAGAGUGUGGGGAGGAAUCUGCAGCGCGCUGUUACUGCAGUGGCCACAGUGUUACUGCUCUACAGUAAAACAGCAGAACCUGCAGCAGAACCCAACACGACACACAGCGUGGAGCUGCUCACACACGGUGAGGAGCCGCAGGCUUUGGCCAUGCAGCGUCCGUGUGGUUCUGAACACAACUCUUACUGUAUACACGGUACAUGUUCUUAUGCACCGGACCUGAAUGAACCCUCCUGCGUGUGUGCCCCGACGUUCUCAGGUCCGCGCUGUGAGCACGUUCUGUUUGUAAUUUUGAGCCCCACACAGCCUGAGGAGAUCAUCGGUAUCACGUGUGGAGUUCUGCUGCUGCUGGGCUGCAUUGCUGUGAUCUCCUACAUUUGCUACAAGAAAAGGUGCUGGAAAUCGUCUCCACCGUAUAAGAAUUACGGCCAGGAAAACUCCGUCUAGGCUGAUUUGGAUAGUGCUGGACAUGGUGACCCAGACCUGGACUUAGUCCUUCAGAAACCAUACAGCGCCCCCUGGCUGACAAUAAAGACCACCGAGAGAAACUGCACUUCACACGUAGUUAUUUCAGAAGGAUUUAAACUGCAUUAUUGAUCAUGUGAUCGCGGGUCACUAACCUAACAGUUAAUGUAGUCGUUCUAUCAGACUGAUGUAAAAGUAAAAUCUGGCAAUAAUUUCUGAUUUAGUUUUCAAUUUUCAUCUGAUUAUGAUAUAAAGACACAAUAUAAAAACACAGAAGUGCAGAAACAGACAGUUUAUUAAAGAAUCAUCUAGAGAAAUAAUCACAACCACUCCUCAACUCCAGCUUCUACCAUCUGAGUACUGAAUGUAACAUUUGUGCACACAAGUAUUUAUUGAUUUGUCACUAUUCAUAAUAAGUUAUGAUGUAUUUGUAUCAGAUUAUUAUUUAUUAAUUUCAUGUCAAUAAAAAAAAUCCCAUUUUAA